GGUUGUUUCAUUGGGAUUUAUUUUGUCAAAGAAGGGUCAAAAGAAGGCAAAAUUAGCAGCAGCCAUCAAUAUUCAAUCUUCCUUGUGCAUUGUGUAUUAGGUUUGGAUUUUUUACAUGUUGCGGUUGUGGAAAUGGUACCAAAAUUGCUUGGCUUUACAUCCGGUGAAGACUCAGGUCAUCAGCUCCGGUCUUAUUUGGGGUCUCGGUGACGUAUCUGCUCAAGCCGUCACUCAUUAUACUGCAAAGAAACACCAUCAUCUUCAUCCUAAUGAAGAUAAAGAAUUUGCAAUCAACUGGAGACGAGUUGCCACAACGAGCUUGUUUGGCUUUGCAUUUGUUGGACCCGUUGGCCACUUCUGGUAUGAAGGGUUGGAUCGCGUCAUAAGACUGAGAUUUCAAAUGCAACCUAAAUCCCUGCGGUUUGUUGCUACAAAAGUAGCACUUGAUGGUAUAAUCUUUGGGCCCCUGGAUUUACUUGUCUUUUUCACAUAUAUGGGUUACUCCACUGGCAAAAAUACUGCUCAAGUUGUUGAAGGUGUGAAGAGAGACUUUCUUCCGGCUUUAAUACUAGAGGGCGGUAUAUGGCCUAUUGUCCAGGUGGCCAACUUCCGCUAUAUACCAGUUAGAUAUCAGCUCCUUUAUGUCAAUUUCUUCUGCUUGCUUGAUAGCUCCUUCCUUUCAUGGAUUGAGCAGCAAGAAGAUGCUGCAUGGAAGCAAUGGUUGAAAAACAUUGUGCGCUUAAAAGAACAGAAGGAGGAAGGUAGAUGAUUCCUUAUUUCACUAGGGAUACGCGUUGGCUUUGUUAAUCGGGAAUAGUGAUAUUAGUUAUAGAGACAUGUGAAGUAUUUACAGGAAUCUUGGAGAGUGUCGAUUUGGAAAUUGGUAGUUCGAUUCAGUAAAAGUGAUAGCACUUUGUCAAGCUACACUAUUAUCGAUUGAAGCUUAACAUAGCUAUUAUGGUCUUAUCUGUAUCCACUAUACAUUUUGAUUGCUCCUGCCUCAUAUUUUGUCAUUUGGGGUUAAUUUUGAGAAAGACAAUU